AAUAGUCGGAAUGUUUUUUUUCGGAAAAAAGUGUACGUUAUCUGUAAGUUAUGUUGCUAGCGAAUUAGCCAACCUUCGACUAUCUAAAUAACAUAUUAAACUUAACCUGUAAUAGUUAUUUCCCUAAGGUAAGAUGGAUGCAUCAGCGUUGGACGAUUUGAAUUUAACAAUGAAAGAGUUAACCAGCAUGCCCCAGUCAGACUCGGGCAGUGCCGCUGCUGUUGACGUUGAAGCUACCACUGGCAGUGGUGUGUCUGGGAGCUCGGCGACAAUUUCUCUAUCAUUAGACAAUAAACUAGUCUGUGUGGAAUAUCCAGCGAUUAUUUCCAAUGUGGACAAGAUGAUGGAAACUGUUGGGGGUAUACAAGGGGUGUCCAAGGCAUAUGGUGACCCCAGCAGGCGGUUGGAGCUCCGCUUUCGUCCCCGGGACCCGUUCUGCCACCCUGUUUGUGGAAACCGUUACCCCUCCACCAACCUGCUGCUAUGUGUGAAGAAGAGGGUGCGCAAAUGCAACCCAGAGGAAGCCCAAAUCGACAUGAAAAUCCUGGGGGUGAUUGGGACGACAUAUAAAUUCCAAGGGAUGGCCGACUUCCAGUACCUCGCAGUGCAUUCGGCCAAGGACGGUUCGCAAACAUCUCUUUAUGACAAGAUCAUCUUGCGUAAACCAGAGAAUAAUGAGUUCUUUGAGCAGCGUGUGCCCCUCUUCCUCCCUCCACCCAUCUUCUCUCGCCUGGACACGGCUGUGGACUACUACUACCGGCCGGAGAUCCAACACAAAGAAGGCUAUUGUCCCCCAACAGUCUCCAGGGAUAACCUGAUUGGUUUGAGUCGGGCCCGUCGGCCUCACAACGCCAUUUUUAUCAACUUUGAUGACCAGAACAUUCCCAACGAACCCCUGGAGGCUGCCAAGGUCAACUGGAAAAGAGUGUGUGUUCAUGCCAGUGACACAAAAGCAGAGGAACAAAUGAAGAAGAUGUUUGAGAGCCGGCCCAUCUGGUCCGGGAACGCGGUCAAGGCCAACCUGGACAUCCACCCUGACAAGCUGAAGUUGUUGCUUCCUGUCGUGGCCUACUACAUGGUGACAGGGCCCUGGAGGAGCCUCUGGGUACGGUUUGGCUACGAUCCCCGCAAGACACCAGAGGCCAAGAAAUUCCAAGUGCUGGACUUUAGAAUCCGCUGCAGCUCCAAGCAUGGGUAUACUAGCAAUGACAUGCCAGUGAAAGCCAAGAGGAGCACAUUCAACUAUACCCUGCCAAUUACACUCAACAAAACAGUUCCCCAGGCUACUAAUGUGACAGAUUUAGCCCCAGAGGGCCCUAAUCCUGGACGGAGCGCAAAUAUAACCAAGUACCAGCUCAAGGAGUCGUCUUACGUGUUCCGAGAAGGAACCCUGCCACCUCACAGACAGAUGUUCUACCAGCUCUGUGAUCUGGAUGUGGAGAGCAUAAGGAAUGUAUUUGGUCGGAACGACGGUCAGGAGGAGAAGUGUGACGAGAGGGAUGGCUGGUGUCUGUCCCGCACUGCUGAUGACCUCAGAGACAUCAUGUCCUCCAUGAUUAAGCAGAUAAUUCGCAACAAAAGGCCAGAGAGUUCGGUUACAAGACCCAAGGCCCCAGAGAGUGGACAGGAUGAUGAGGACGAAGAAGAGGAUGAAGAUGAGUUUCAUCCCUCAGAAGGGAGUGACAAUGAGAUGGAGACAGAGAUGCUGGAUUAUAUGUAAGAAUGGACACUUGCAAAUGAAUGUAAAUAAAUGUGUUUAAAGUGA